UGCGCUCUGAGGCGGGGGUGGUGGAGGACGGAUGCUGGUAUCGCAUUGCGGCGGAAUCUCUGCUACCUUCUUGAGAUUCUGAGCACCGAGACCCGCGUUUAGCGCGGAUCCUGCACUGAUUCCCAUUCUCUGCCCCAGCUGUCUGCUCUCAUACCCUUCCCUGAGUCUCCCUUGUCCACAAUCACCCUAAACCCUUGUGCUAUGUCCGCCUCUAUGGAUCCCGAGCUUCCAGAAUCCUCGAUCGACGUCGUCUCGGUUCCAAACCAGCCGUCCACUGCGCAGUCCGAUCCUGAUGUUCAGGGUCCCAGCGAGGGGGGCGACUCAGGCACCAUGAGCCAGGACGCCGAGGGGGACUUGAAGGACGUGGAGCUGAACGAGAUGGAGCCCGAGAAGCAGCCGAUGAACGCGGCGUCGGGGGCGGCCGUGGCGGGCGGCGCCGAGAAGAACGGCCUGGUGAUCAAGGUGGCGGAUGACGACGAGGUGGCGGCCGCGGCCAAGUUCACGGGGCUGUCCAAAGAGGAGCUGUUGAAGGUGGCGGGCAGCCCUGGCUGGGUGCGCACGCGCUGGGCGCUGCUGUUGCUCUUCUGGCUCGGCUGGCUCGGCAUGCUGGCCGGCGCCGUGGUCAUCAUCGUGCAGGCGCCGCGCUGCCGGGAGCUGCCGGCGCAGAGCUGGUGGCACAAGGGCGCCCUCUACCGCAUCGGCGACCUCCGGGCCUUCCUGGGCGGCGAGGCCGGGAACCUGCAGGGCCUGAAGGGGCGUCUCGAUUACCUGAGCACGCUGAAGGUGAAGGGCAUCGUGCUGGGCCCCAUUCACGAGAACGAGGACGAUAAACUGUCUGGGACCAACUUGAAGAAGAUCGACCCCACUCUUGGUUCCAAGGAAGAUUUUGACAAUUUCCUGCAGUCGUCACAGAAAAAGAGCAUCCGGGUUGUUCUGGACCUCACUCCCAACUACAGGGGCCAGGCCAUGUGGUUCAAACCUGAGGAGCAAAAUGAAGUGACUGCCCAGAUGAGGGAUGCUCUGAAUUUUUGGCUUCAGGCUGGCGUGGAUGGCUUCCAGCUUCGGAACAUGGAGAGUCUGAUGAAUGGACCUUCGCUCUUGGCCGAGUGGCAGAACAUCACCAAGAGCUUCAAUGAAGAUAGGCUCUUGAUUGCAGGGACGGGCUCCGCCAACCUGAGUGUGAUCCAGGAGCUGUCUCAAUCCACUGGGCUGUUGACGAGCUCGUACCUGUCAGCCUUUGAGAACAUGAGGAGUACCAGUUCCCUGAUCAUUCAGUAUUUGGACGCCAUUGGUGAUGGCUGGUGCAGCUGGACUGUUUCUCAGGAGGGACUCAUGACUGCCACCGUGUCUUCUCCGCUCCUCCAACUCUACCACCUGCUGUUCUUUACCUUGCCGGGGACCCCAGUUUUCAACUAUGGGGAUGAGAUUGGCCUGCAGGCAGCUACUGGACAGCCAAAGAAGGCCCCAGUCAUGCCAUGGGGUGAAUCCAGUGAUCCUAGCACGUCUGGCUCUGGAAGCACCAACCUGAGUUCUGUGACGGAACAGAGCAAAGACCCAGGCUCCCUCCUUUCCUUCUUCCGGAAGCUGAGUGAUCAGCGGAGCAAGGAGCGCUCGCUGCUGCACGGGGAAUUCCACCAGCUCUCCUUGGGGCCCAACAUCUUCUCCUACAUCCGCCAGUGGGACCAGAACACACGCUUCUUGGUCUUGCUCAACGUUGGGGAUGUGGACCAGCGUACCAGCUUGAGUUCCGCUAACCUACCUGCAGGUAUCAGCCUGCCAGCCGAGGUCACACUGGUGCUCAGCACAAAUUCUGGCCGGAAGGAGAGCUCCUCUGUGGAUCUGGAGAGCCUGACGCUGGCCCCUAAUGAGGGGCUGCUGCUGCAUUUCCCCUACCAGGCCUGACCCGGAAGCCCCUCUCUCUCCCCGGGCUUUAGGGUGCUGGGUUCUUCCUCUCCUUUUUUAAUUUUUUAUUAUACAUUAAAGAUAAACCCUUCAAAUGGGUUUUUUUUUUUUUUUGGCAUUAAA